AAAAUUGUUUCUCUUUAGCUCCACACUUCACUCCACAAAUAUCAAAUCUUCAAUUUUUCCAAGAAUCACAAAAAAAACCCAAUCAAUCAUCCCUCCAUAUAUAUAGGAGCUGCAAAAAGCAGCUUUAAAUCAACAUAAAUGGUGAGAAUUUUACCUAUGGCAUCAUCAAUUAGACCUUCACUUUCAUCUCUCAAGUUUUCUGGGUCAUCACGUUUCUCAGUUUCGCUUUUCUCACACAAUUCUACACGGAAAUUCACUUAUUGUCAUCUGGGUACUGCGGUUCCCCAGUUGCAGUCUUUUGGCCUAAAAGCUUCUAAGCUAUUAAGAGAAAAAGGAGGCAGUUUGUCAAUCAGUGCUGCCGGAAAUAUGGCACCUGCAAGCACUGCUGCUACCCAAGAAAAUGUACUGGAGUGGGUCAAACAGGACAAGAGAAGAAUGCUCCAUGUUGUUUACCGUGUUGGAGACCUUGACAGAACAAUAAAAUUCUAUACAGAGUGCCUAGGGAUGAAAUUAUUGAGAAAGCGUGACAUCCCCGAGGAAAGAUACACAAAUGCAUUUCUAGGAUAUGGACCAGAGGACUCUCAUUUUGUAAUUGAACUCACAUAUAAUUAUGGAGUUGACCAGUAUGAUAUUGGAUCUGGAUUUGGUCAUUUUGGAAUUGCUGUAGAGGAUGUUUCAAAGACGGUUGAACUCAUAAAGGCUAAGGGAGGGAAAGUAACCAGGGAACCAGGUGCCGUUAAAGGGGGAAGGACUGUAAUUGCAUUUAUUGAAGAUCCUGAUGGUUACAAGUUUGAACUUUUGGAGAGGGGUCCAACACCCGAACCCCUAUGCCAAGUAAUGCUUCGAGUCGGAGAUCUUGAACGUGCCAUAAGUUUUUAUGAGAACGCUUAUGGAAUGAAGCUUCUUCGCACACGUGACAACCCGGAAUACAAGUAUACAAUAGCAAUGCUGGGAUAUGGUCCAGAAGACACGAGCGCUGUGAUGGAGUUAACAUAUAAUUAUGGUGUCACUGAAUAUGACAAGGGAAACGCAUACGCACAGAUAGCUAUAGGCACCGAUGACGUGUACAAGACAGCAGAAGCAAUAAAGCUUUGUGGUGGAAAAAUUACCAGGGAACCAGGACCUCUACCCGGUAUCAGCACGAAGAUUACAGCGUGCCUAGACCCUGAUGGUUGGAAGACGGUUUUCGUUGACAAUAUAGAUUUUCUCAAGGAAUUGGAGUAAACUAUUACUCAAAAUACUAAGCAUACACGGAACAUCUCAAGGACAUUGAUGCUUCAUCAAAUUACAUCCUCGCCAAAACGAUACAAGGAGACUACCACGGAAAAGAGCGUUAAAUUGUGCAUUUGUGGAUUGUAUUACAGAAAUUGUCGCUUCACCAGAGCAUUAGAAGAAUAGAAGCGCGAAAAUCGUACAUCUUCGUGCCUCUUGUAAUAAGUUUGUUGAUCUUAUUUAUGCUGCCCUUUCUUACAGGGAAAACUCAGCAAAGUAGAGAAGCAAAUAAAUCGAUAGUUCAGAAAAAAAUUAGCAUAGUUGGGACUGAGUU